GGAGAUGUGACAAUCAAAAGCAUCUUUGCCCAGCAGAGACUCAAUCUGGUAGAAACUAUGUGUGUUGUACAUUGAUUUGGUAGUGGUUUUAAUUAAUUCCAGUUUGCAUGAGGCAUUGAGGACCACCAGUAGAUUGAAGGGACUGGGAUUUCUUUAGGAGGAGGGGUGGAUUUAAAGGGAGGGAGCCAUGGCCUCCCUCCUUAUGCGUAUCUUUCGGCUGGAUGUGGAGAAAAAGCGGGUUAGACACUAUGAAAACCUGAAGAGGGAUGUGGAUCCACAUCAGACGUGGGAGACUCUGGGUGAACUGGGGGAUGGAGCUUUUGGGAAGGUGUAUAAGGCUCAGAAUCAGACAACGGGGGUCCUGGGAGCUGCUAAAGUCAUUGAAGUAAGCAGUGAAGAGCAGCUGGAUGACUACAUCACUGAGAUAGACAUCCUCGCAGCAUGUCGCCAUACAAACAUUAUUUCUUUGCUGGACUCCAUCUUCUUUGAGGGCUGGCUGUGGAUCCUUAUUGAGUACUGCCCCGGAGGAGCCCUGGAUGAUAUCAUGUUGGAACUGGAACGGGGCCUUUCGGAGCAACAGAUCAGUGAGGUGUGCUGUCAGACUCUGCAAGCUCUGUCUUACCUGCACCAACAUCACAUCAUACACAGAGACCUGAAGGCUGGCAAUAUUCUGCUCACGAUGGAGGGACAGGUCAAACUAGCUGACUUUGGUGUGUCUGCAAAAAAUGACAAUACCCUUCAAAAACGAUCAACUUUCAUUGGAACUCCAUACUGGAUUGCACCGGAGGUAAUAAUGUGUGAAACAUCAAAGGACAAUCCCUACAGCUCUAAAGCUGAUAUCUGGUCACUGGGCAUUACUUUGAUUGAGGCUGCUGAGAUGGACCCCCCUCAUCAUUCUCUCAAUCCCAUGAGGGUCCUACUGAAGAUCACCAAGUCUCCGCCACCCACACUUUCCAACCCUCGCCAAUGGUCGUCUCAUUUCCAAGACUUUCUGAGGAGGGUGUUGCAGAAGAACCCAGAAGCUCGUUGGGGAGCCCAACAGCUCCUGGCCCACCCUUUCUCUUAUGCUGGACGAGAUGGGCAAGCGCUUAAAGAGCUCAUCGCUGAGGCCAAAGCAGAGGUGACUGAGGUCAUAGAGGCUGAGGCUCUGUUUCACCUACAGUGUGCAGAGAAUGAGAUGUUAGCGCCAGAGUCCGAGCAAACACAGCCACUACCAGUACAAGCAGUUGAAGAACAAAGACCACAUGAACCUGAGAGUCCUCAGAAGUCCGUAGAUGCUGUUCCUCAAUCUCCCACCAAUCCCGAGCCAAACACUGUGGUUAAAGUAACUCCCAGGGCCUCCCAGGCCACAUAUAAAGCUCAGAAGAGUGCAAGACGUCUCUCCAUCCCUGGAAACCUGCUUUCGUUUCUGACAGGGAGCUCUCGUCGUUGCAAAUCUGGAUUCUGGGGUGACAAUUCACCUGUUCAGGGAACUAAAGACUCUGAAGAUUCCAGUGCAGUGCAAACUGUGGGAAAUUGUCCUUCAGUUUCACAGGGAGAUGACAGCCAUGAGAGUGAAAACACUGACAAACUCAAGGAGCAAAUAUCUGACUUAGCUGAAGAUAAAAGUAAUGAGGCUGCUGAUGUCAAAGACAAGGAAGCAAAAGCAGAAACUGACAAGGAAGACACCAAGAACUUAAAUCACUUAAGCACACAAACAAAGCUACCAACCAAUAUCUCUGAAAAGGAAACACUAGAUCUUAUCAAGGUGGACACUGACGCAGAUGAAGAUUCAGGGCACAAUGACCAAAUAUUCUGGAAAUCCCUCCAAAAACCUGCUAUUGUUGACAAAGCCACACUUCCUAGAACAACACAUCCAUGGAGCACACUGGUUAAAGCUUUGAGUUUGGAAAAAACACUUACCAAAAAGUGCAAAUGGGAUGAGGAAAGAUCUAAAAACGAGUACCUUGAUUUGGCCUGUCCUCUGAAAACUUGCAAUUCCCCUCUCACAAUAGGUAUAGACAAAAGCGUGGCUGUUGAGAUGCCAUCUAGUAAAUUACCUGAAGAAAUUCCUGAUCUUCAGAAAGGGCAACAGACAACUGAACCAUUAGAAAGUGACCCUGAUGAGGGAACAAUCAUGCUUGUUGAAGAAAAAACUAAGGUAGAAACAGAAGGGCCAGAGGAAAUGGAGACCAAUGGAGGAACAGGGGAUGAAAAAAAAGAGGAAAGUUGUCCAACAGGCACAGAUCUUAAUGGAGCUAAAGAUACAAGGACAGAAAAAGAGGAUCAUUCAGCCACCACGGAAGAGCACAUUACCAUGGAAGUAAGGGAUAAGAAUGUCAACGAAGCCUUCAAUGAAAACCGUAAUAUUAUAGAGGUAGGCAAUGAUGAUGUAGACUCUAGAGAUGAAAACAGCGAGAAACAGGAAAGCAGUGAAAAAGGUGAGGAACUGAAUGCUGCAACAGAUACAGGAACGGAGGAAGAAGAACAUUCAGUCACCAAGGAAAGUAUGGCACCAGUGGAGCUAGAAUCAAGAAAUGAAAGCGGUGAGAACACAAGAAAAUCAAAUGAGAUGGAAACACCCAUCCAAAAUGAGGAGACAAAGAUAAUUGUUUUACAAAAUACAGAGAAAGAAAGAGAGCUAACAAGUAAAGUUAAUACAGAAGAGACCAGUACUGAGGGGGAAAUGAGUCUCAGUGUUAAUGAAGGAGAAGCCGACAGAGUUGAGAAAGUGAACUGUUCUAAAGAGACAGAAGUUUGUACUGAUUCAGAGGAACCAAACCAAGAACGUAACCAAAGGAAUUAUAUAAGCUUACAGAACAUCAAAGGAGAACAAUCAAAAAGCAAAGGUGAUGAUACAAUAGAUGUGACUGGACCAAAUUUGAAAAAGCAGGUGAUGUUUGCACUUGAGGAGGACAAGCAAAGGCAAGAUAAAACCGAUGAAAGACCACUUGCAAAUGGCAUAGAAGAUUCAGGCAUUAUACCACCACAUGUUGGAUCAAACGGAACCACACCUAAAGAAUCUAAUGAUGACACAAUUCCACCUCUUUCUCCAACUACGGAGCCAACUUCCCCUCCUCUGUCCCCUGGCUUUGAAGGGGACUUACAUCCAAGCAGGAGGACAGUCAAGAAAACCCGAAAAUUUAUGGUGGAUGGUCGAGAGGUCAGCGUUACCACCUCCAAGGUGGUUAGUGAGAGAGACAGCAAUGAACAACAAAUGCGCUCCAACAGACGACAGGAGCUGCACGCACUGAAGCUCUUGCAGAGAGAGGAGCAAAGAGAGCAUGUGCAUCUGGAGCAGAAACUACAGCAGCAGCGAGAACAGAUGUUCCGUCACAUAGAACAAGAGAUGACUAGCAAGAAGCAAUACUAUGACAGUGAGCUUGAGAGACUUGAAAAACAGUACCAGCAGCAAAGCAGUCAAAUGGAGGCAGAGCACACAGCCCGACUUAGAGAGGAUGCACGGCGACUCAAGGCACAACAGGAGAAAGAGCUAAACCGCAAGAGCAGUGCCCUGAAAGCUGACCCUAAAGAGGAGCAACUGUUCCUACAGAAGCAGCAGCAUGAACUGAAUGAGGCUCUGCAGAAAGGCAUUCAGGAUCAUAAGAGGAAAGUGGCAUCCAUGGAAUGGGAGAUUACAGUCAAAUCUCAACAGCUAAAGCGAGCUCGUGAGGCAGUGAUUUGGGAAUUAGAACAGCGACAUUUACAGGAGAAGUACCACCUAUUCAAACAGCAGGUGAAGGAACAGUACUCCCUACAAAGACAGCAGCUGAUCAAGAAACACAACAAGGAUAAGGAGAGAGCGUCUCGGUUCCAGCAGGUUCUUCUAGAGGAACAGAAGUCAUUGCAGACCCAGGAGAGAGCUUCCUUUCAGAAGGCCCAGAAAGCUGAAGCCAAAGCCCGUUUGAACCAGUUUAAGGUGGAACUCAGGCAGAAAGGUCUAAGCGGUUCUGAACAGCGUCAAUGUCUCACACAGUUUUUGUCAGAGGAGGAGGCCAGACAAAAGCAAGACAGACAGAGUCUGCAAGAGAGUCAUGAGAACCAUCUGAAAGCAGUCCAGGAACAAUGUGACGCCAGUACUGCUGAACUGCAGCAUCUUCAGAAUGAGAAGCUUCAAGUUCUUGUGGACAUGGAGAAGAAAAAGAUCAAAGCUCUGGAGGACGAGCACACCCUGGAGCUCAAUGAAUGGAGAGAUAAGCUAGCAUGCAGGAAAGAGGUGCUAGAGGAAGAUCUGGCUCGUAGACGCAGAGAAAAAGAAGGACCAAGAAGACGAGGAAGUGAGCCUGAAAAAUGUCAUGCAGCUCGUCGCUCAAAGUUCUUUCCAAAUCUAAGCUUCUCUUGAUGAAAAAUGAAAAUGUUUUGCAUCUAAACCCCAAUGCUUUUAUGUAUAAAAUUGGUAGUUGACAAAGAACAUAGACACAAACCUUUUUUAAACAUUAAGUUAUAAUGUACAGUAUAUGUGUAUAUAGGAAAGUGUAGGUCCUGUAACUGAUUAACAUUUCCUUAAAGUCCUUCACCAUUUGUAAUUAAUUUUAUUGAAUUAAUUUUAAUUGAUAUGAAGUCAUCAUGUACCACAUUAUACAACAAUUAGAAAACUGCAGCUACUACCCAUAUACAGUUGAAGCCAUAAGUUUACAUACACCUUAGCCAAAUACAUUUAAACUCAGUUUUUCACAAUUCCUGACAUUUAAUCGUAGAAAACAUUCCCUGUCAUAGGUCAAUUAGUAUCACUACCUUAUUUUAAGAAUGUGAAAUGUCAGAAUAAUAGUAGAGAGAAUGAUUUAUUUCAGCUUUUAUUUAUUUCAUCACAUUCCCAGUGGGUCAGGAGUUUAAAUACAAUUUGCUAGUAUUUGGUAGCUGUUGGGCACUUUGUUCAGGAGCGGGUUUGGUUAUUAGCAAUAAUUAAUAAUUAUGACAGAUAAUGAUUAAUUAUUAAAAUCAAUAGAACAUUGAUUAGAAUCAACAUUAUCUUUUUAAUCCUUUAAAUCAACAAUCAUCAAAGAUAACCAUCAAUUAUCAAAUUCAAUAGAAUAUUAAUUAUUAUCAAAGAUAAUUAAUAAUUAUUAAAAUCAAUAGAAAAUUGAUUAGAAUUAACAUUAGCUUAUUGAUCCUUCAAAUCAACAAUCAUCAAAGCGAAUGAUCAAUUAUCAAAAUCAAUAGAAUAUUAAUAAGGAUUAAUAUUGCCGGGGCACCACCCUGGAAUCAGGGACUAAUAACCAGACAGGAUAGCAGUCUCACUAUAAGAUUGUUCUCUUAGGAAAGUCGAUGUCCGGAGGACAUCGACAUUCAAAAGGAAAACAAUGAAGACAUGAAUCCGAGCACUGACAUCUCCUACCAGCCCUUGACACAGGUGCAUGCAGAACAAUACCAAAACACUUCUCUUUAAAGGUAUAACAAAGUUUAUUAAUGCAGUAAUAUCAAUUAAAAAUCAAUACAAUGCAGUCAAUAAACUUCUGACUUCCAACUACAAACUAAACAGUAACAUGAUUAGAUAUGGUAAAAAAUAAGCCUAUAAUACAUGAGAGGAAGGUAUGUGUGUGUGUGUGUGUGUGUGUGUGUGUAAGGAGUGGAGUUCACAAAAUGGCGGACGUGGCUCUUGUGGAGAGUACAUCACACAAAGUUUCUGGCCAGAGAAUGUGGCCGCGAAUGUGGGCAGAGAGAUGGGUUAAUGGCGUCUGCCCAUUUAACGUGUGUCUCCGCUGGUACGAUAAUUUAGGGACAAAGCGGGCUCUAUCGCCAAGUUAUUUGCUCACCAAAUGUGUGUGCGGGUAUGUUUGUGAGGGGUUGUGUGUGUGUGCAGUUAGUACAAGAGAGAGAGAACAGAGUGACGGCACUGAAGCCGGUUUUAGCGAUCGUGGGAGAGAGGGCAACCGUUAUUUUAUCACUCAGAGACGCGGUGAUACAGCUCGUAAUCCGUCCGCCGUGGUCGUUGGUUCUUUAAUGGAUAAACUCAGUGUGCCGGUCUCACCCGCGAUGGCGGAAUUGCACAAAGAGUCAAACAUGGUUGGACAACAACACAGCAAAUCUCAUUCGUGGUAACAGUAAGUUACAAAUAAUACCUUGAUUAUUAUUAGCGGCAAUGAGUGGAUUCGGUGGUCCAUAAACUGUACAAGCAAUAACCUUGAUACACAAGAAUAACACACUAUAAUAAUCUAUCUCUGCCCAGACAUAAACCUCUUACUUGAGUGCGUGAGGAUGCGGGUAGAAUGUGUGUUCGUCCGUCGUUUGACUCCGACUCAUUUCCUCGAGGCUCGGGUGAUGACGGGAGGCUCCAGUUUCCUCGCUCUGUCGGCGGGUGGUAUGGCAGCUGAUUCUCAUUGGGUCGGCAGAGAAAACAGUGUGAAGUCGACUCGGUUGAAAAAGGAAGAGAAAUCUUGUUCACUUCUGCAGGCAGAAGACGCGGGUGAAGACGCGGAUUGCUUGGCAGUCUGCUUCGGAUCCGUUAGCGUUCUCGGUGGAACACGGAGUAAUCUCAACUCGUCCAGUGAGAUGGAGAUCGUAUGGCCAAAGUUCAGGUACGUACAUUACUUCCUUGGGCAACGAGGCUACACCUGGGAGUAGGAGGGCUGAAUUUAGACGAGGCACAUACUGUCACUGGAAGCAACGCCCAGAAAGAUCUCAGAGGUUUUAUACUAUCGAUGACAUCAUGGUUGAGGGACGUGUUCUGUAGUGCAUUUCAUCCAAUAGGAGUUGAAAGUAUGAUCCUUCAGAAUUUCACACUUAGGUGUAAAGUGAGCAAGGCUUCAUGGGAUCUGUAGUCUGUUUUGGAUUCCCUUUGUUUGAUUUUGGCACGGUUGUUGUUAUCAGGCUUUGAGUGUUCGUAUAGGCUGCAGCCAGGCUUUAUGACUGUAUGUAGGCCUGCCCAACUGUAGCAUUGCCUUUAAAUUGCUUAACUUGGGUCAAACAUUUUGGGUAGUCUUCCACAAGCUUCUCACAAUAAGUUGCUGGAAUUUCUGCCCAUUCCUCCAGACAGAACUGGUGUAACUGAGUCAGGUUUGUAGGCCUCCUUGCUCGCAGACGCUUUUUCAGUUCUGUCCACAAAUUUUCUAUCAGACUGAGGUCAGCGCUUUGUGAUGGCCACUCCAGUACCUUGACUUUGUUGUCCUUAAGCCAUUUUGCCACAACUUUGGAGGUAUGCUUGAGGUCAUUGACCAUUUGGAAGACCCAUUUGCGACUGAGCUUUAACUUCAUGGCUGAUGUCUUGAGAUUUUGCUUCAAUAUAGCCACAUAAUUUUCCUGCCUCAUGAUGCCAUUUAUUUUGUGAAGUGCACCAGUCCCUCCUGCAGUAAAGCACCCCCACAACAUGAUGCUGCCAUGCUUCACAGUUGGGAUGGUGAUCUUCAGCUUGCAAGCCUCACCCGAUGGUCAUUAUGGUCAAAAAGUUCCAAAUUUGUUUCAUCAGACCAGAGGAAAUUUCUCCAAAAAGGAAGAUCUUUGUCCCCAUGUGCACUUGCAAACUGUAGUCUGGCUUUUUUAUGGCGGUUUUGGAGCAUUGGCUUCUUCCUUGCUGAGCAGCCUUUUAGGUUAUAUCGAUAUAGGACUUGUUUUACUGUGGAUAUAGAUACUUAUUUACCUGUUUCCUCCAGCAUCUUCACAAGACAUUUGCUGUUGUUCUGGGACUGAUUUGCACUUUUUGCACCAAACUGCAUUCAUCUCUAGGAGACAGAAUGCAUCUCCUUCCUGAGCAAUAUGAUGGCUGCAUGGUCCCAUAGUGUUUAUACUUGCGUAUUAUUGUUUGUACAGAUGAACGUGGUACCUUCAGGCAUUUGGAAAUUGCUCCCAAGGAUGAACCAGACUUGUGGAGGCCUACAAUUUUUUUUCUGAGGUCUUGGCUGAGUUUAUUUGAUUUUCCCAUGAUGUCAAGCAAAAAGGCACUGAGUUUGAAGGUAGGCCUUAAAAUACAUCCACAGGUACACCUCCAAUUCAGUACACCUCCUAUCAGAAGCUAAUUGGCUAAUUGUCUAAAGGCUUGACAUCAUUUUCUGGAAUUUUCCAAGCUGCUUAAAGGCACAGUUAACUUAGUAUAUGUAAACUUCUGACCCACUGGAAUUGUGAUAUAGUCAAUUAAAAGUGAAACAAUCUGUCUGUAAACAAUUGCUGGAAAAAUUACU